AUGAAGUUGACGAGCAAUUCGCUGGCCCUCCUGGCGGCUGCUUCUGCCGUGCCCUUUGCGGCCGGCGAUGCGAGCACGGGAAGCGGUCCCGACAAGAACGGCAAAUAUUGGAUUCGCGCAAAGGGCAUUGAGGCUUCCUUCAUCCCCUACGGAGCGUCCAUCUCGAAUCUGUUCAUCAACGAUCGCUAUGGCAUCCAGCGCGACCUCGUCGGCGGCUUCGACAAUGCGACGUACUAUGGCAUUGACAAGCAGCACCCGCACUUUGGCGGCGUGCCUGGCCGUUAUGCCAAUCGCAUCAAGAACAGCACCUUCACCAUUGACGGCACAACAUAUCACACCGUGCCCAAUGAGAAUCCCACAAAGGCCGCGCCCAAUGGAUCGGACACGCUUCACGGAGGGCCCGAUGGCUGGGACUGGCGCAACUUUACCGUCACAUCGCACACUCCCACCAGCAUCACCUUCAGCAUCGUCGAUCCAGACGGCAAAGAGGGCUUCCCCGGCGAGGUCGUCUCGCACAUCACAUACACGGUGCAGCCGAACCAGUGGGACUUUGUCAUGGUGGCCCAGGCCACGACGAAGAAGACGCCCAUCAUGCUCAGCAGCCACACGUACUGGAACCUGGAUGGCUUCGCCAACAACGAGACCCAGUCGGCGCUGAACCACACGCUGCAUCUCCCCUAUGGCGGACAGCGCGUCGCCGUGGACGGCUUCUUGAUCCCGACGGGCGACAUUGUCGCCAACAAGAAGGGCACGGCCAAUGACUUUUGGUCGGCGCCGAAGCAGCUGAGCAAGGGCUUCCAGCAGAGCGGGAUCAAGGAAAACUGCGGCAACAACUGCACUGGCUUUGAACUAAUGCCGAGACAUGUAGAUACCUGCUAUCUUACCAACCGCGGCGCGCUGGGCAACUUUGACUGGCGCACCGAAGGCCCCGUCGCAAGUCUGUCUUCUGCUUGGUCGGGCAUUCACCUGGACGUCUACUCCGACCAGGAUGCCUUCCAGGUGUACAGCUGCAACGGGCAGAACGGCUCUAUGGCGCUGAAGACGACGCAGGGCUUGCACAACAACAAGAAGUUCCCGAGGACGAUUCCGCAAUACGGAUGUCUGGUCAUGGAAGUGGAGGACUGGAUUGACGGCAUCAACAACCCGGAAUGGGGGAGGAAGCAGAUCUUUGGACCUGGAGAUGCCCCCUACGGCGCAAAAAGCUUUUGUCACUUACAAGCCACGAAUCUUGAUACAGCGAUCUUGAACGAGGAAAAAAACUGCUUCUAUAUCGAAUUUUAUUUAUCCGGUAUCGAAACGUUUAAUCACAUUAUAGCACACAUCGCGCCGCAUACGACAACACAGCGCGAUUGCAAGCGACGAGGGGGCAGCGAGGGGCCACAAAAAAAAGUUGGCAACACAGAAUCGCCCAUCCACCGUUUACAGAUGGAAGACGACAGGGCGCUCGUCGGCCUCGGCACAGCGGCAGAUAUCGAAGAAUCUCAACUAGAGGUGCAUAAGCCAGAGAAGGAGACUACAGAGAAUGCGGCUCCUACAACGAGACAGCCCAAGAGGCGGUUUGUAGGAAGAAGAGCGGCAGAUGAAGCAGCGGCAGCAAAGGGAACGACAGAGGAGGGUGGCAGCGGCGCCGUUCAAGCCGCCAAACCUCGACGAGCCCCGCGACUCCUCAACAGAGUGCCCAAAGAAAUAUCCGAAGACCCCAGCAUCAAGGAAGCCAUAGCCCUGCUGCCAGCCAACUACAACUUUGAGAUCCCCAAGACGAUACAUCGAGUGCGCGAGUCUGGUGCCAAACGGGUCGCACUACAGAUGCCCGAAGGCCUGCUCCUGUUUGCGACGACCAUCUCCGACAUCAUAACGCAGUUCUGCCCCGGCGUGGAGACGCUCAUCAUGGGCGAUGUGACGUACGGCGCCUGCUGCAUCGACGACUAUACUGCACGGGCACUGGGUUGCGAUUUGCUGGUGCAUUAUGCGCACAGCUGCUUGAUCCCUGUGGACGUUACCAAGAUCAAGACGCUGUACGUCUUUGUCGAUAUCAGCAUCGAUACGUCGCAUCUAGUCAACUCGCUGGAGCGAAACUUUGCCAGCGGUAAGACCAUUGCCAUUGUGGGCACCAUCCAGUUCAAUGCCACCAUCCACGGUGUGCGGAGCAGUCUUGAGGCUGCCGGCUUCAGCGUCGUCGUACCACAGAUCGGACCGCUCAGCAAAGGCGAGAUCCUGGGCUGCACGUCGCCGCGCCUGCAGGAUGAGGAUGGCAUCGAUCUCAUUCUCUACCUCGGUGACGGGCGCUUCCACCUCGAGAGUAUCAUGAUUCACAACCCUUCCAUCCCCGCCUAUCGAUACGACCCAUAUUCUCGCAAGUUGACGCGAGAGACCUACGGCCACGACGAGAUGCAGUCGGUGCGUCGCUCUGCUAUCCAGACUGCCCGCAAGGCCCGUCGCUGGGGCCUCAUCCUGGGAUCUCUUGGUCGCCAGGGAAACCCGCAUACAUUGGCCCUGAUUGAGCGCGAGCUGGCUGAGCGUGGUAUCCCCAAGGUCGACCUCCUCCUGAGCGAAAUCUUCCCUGGAAAGCUGGCCAUGAUGAGCGACGUCGAGUGCUGGGUCCAGGUAGCGUGCCCGCGUCUAAGUAUUGACUGGGGAUACGCUUUCCCGAGACCGCUCCUCACUCCUUAUGAGGCGCUUGUAGUGCUGGGCAAGAGAAGUGGUUGGGGUAAGGAGGAGGGUGGUGAUGGCAUAUACCCCAUGGAUUAUUAUGGAAGAGAUGGGCUGGGAAGGACAAAGCCGUUGGAGGGUGUUGCGGCGUGA